GCAGUGCUCCGCUGGGUGAGAGCAGGCGGCGCUCCGCGCUCCUCGCUGAGGAGGUGAAAGUGGCGCGAGACUCCCCGUAAACCGGCUCCGAAGGAGCCUCGCGCGUCGAGCCGCCGAGCUGUGCCCGUGACUGUUUACAUGAAUCGCUCUCUGCUCGGUCAACCGACUCCGAGUCGACUCGCGGAGUGAACCGAGCUGCAGCUGGUCGUCGCGUCUGAGGCGGAUUCGCAGAGGCAGAGAUUUGCGGUCGGCUGCGAGUUGGAGACGCAGCGGAGGCGAUUCUGUAGCCUGGAACUGACCGCGAGUGGACGGAGAGGGUGAGGAGUGCCCUCUCCCAGGCGAACCGGACCGCGGGACCGGGAUGGCGCAGCACAGGUCGACGGCAGUAGUGCAGCCACUAGAGGGCGAUGAGAGUGAAGUUGCGCUCCGAAUUAAGUCAAAUGCUGGAGAGCUGCAGGGCAGAGAAUGGGUUCUGGUUCUCUGAGCCCUUCAGACCCUCUGCCAUGUGAGCUGGACUGUCCGGCGGGCUGUGUGAGCUGGACUGUCCGGCGGGCUGUGUGAGCUGGACUGUCCGGCGGGCUGUGUGAGCUGGACUGUCCGGCGGACUGUGUGAGCUGGCGGAGGCCGCAGGGCGGGGGCAGUAGCCGGCGUGGUGAGUUUGACCCGUUGAAGUUCACGCUGACUGGCCACGGAGGUGAUCUGCACCAGCGGGAGCCGCUUGGGAGGUCAUGGCGGACAGGACCGCGCCGCGCUGCCAGCUCCGACUCGAGUGGAUCUACGGCUACAGGGGACACCAGUGCCGCAACAACCUCUUCUACACGGCGGGGAAGGAGGUGGUCUACUUCGUGGCGGGAGUGGGAGUCGUCUACAACACCAGGGAGCACACGCAGAGGUUCUACCUGGGACACAGCGACGACAUCAUCAGCCUUGCCUUGCAUCCAGAGAGAUCGCUGGUCGCAACAGGGCAGGUGGGGAAAGACCCCUACAUCUGUGUGUGGGACACUUUCAACAUUCAGACCGUCUCCAUCCUUAAAGAUGCCCACUCACACGGAGUGGCUUGUCUGGCCUUCAGUGCGGACACUGGUGAGCGGUUGGUGUCCGUUGGCCUGGAUGCUAAAAAUACAGUAUGUGUUUGGGACUGGAAGAGAGGCAAGGUCAUCGCAACUGCAACGGGCCAUUCUGACAGAAUAUUUGACAUCACGUGGGAUCCAUUUCAACAGAACCGUCUUGUCAGCUGUGGGGUCAAGCAUAUAAAGUUCUGGGCGAUGUGCGGCAAUGCCCUGACGCCAAAGAGAGGCAUCUUUGGCAAGACAGGAGACCUUCAGACCAUCCUGUGUGUAGCAGCAGCUAAAGAUGAUGUCACCUACUCAGGCGCUCUGAAUGGGGAUAUCUAUGUUUGGAAGGGCCUGAACCUCAUACGCACAGUACAAGGAGCACAUGGGGCAGGGAUCUUCAGCAUGUACGCCUGCGAGGAGGGUUUCGCCACCGGUGGACGAGACGGCUGCGUCCGGCUCUGGGACACGGACUUCAAACCCAUCACUAAAAUCGACCUGCGGGAGGCUGAGCAGGGCUACAAAGGGCUGUCAAUCCGCAGCGUGUGCUGGCGGGCUGACCGCAUUCUGGCAGGGACGCAGGACAGUGAGAUUUUUGAGGUGAUGGUGCGCGACAGGGACAAGCCGCUGCUCAUCAUGCAGGGCCACAGCGAGGGCGAGCUCUGGGCCCUGGGGGUCCACCCCAAGAAGCCGCUGGCAGUGACGGGCAGUGAUGACCGCUCUGUGCGGUUGUGGAGUCUGGCUGACCACGCUCUAAUAGCCCGCUGUAAUAUGGAGGAGGCCGUGCGCAGUGUGGCCUUCAGCAGUGAUGGCUCUCAGCUGGCCCUGGGCAUGAAGGACGGCUCCUUCACUGUACUUCGUGUCAGAGAUAUGACAGAAAUAGUGCACAUCAAAGACCGGAAGGAAGUCAUCCACGAGCUGAAGUUUUCUCCGGACGGCGCUUACCUGGCUGUCGGCUCCAAUGACGGUCUGGUGGACAUCUACGCUGUGGCCCAGCGCUAUAAAAAGGUGGGCGAAUGCAGCAGAUCGUCCAGCUUCAUUACGCACCUGGACUGGUCCGUCGACGGCAAGUUCCUGCAGACGAAUGACGGUGCCGGGGAGCGUCUCUUUUAUCGGAUGCCGACUGGGAAGCACCUGACCACCAAAGAGGAGAUCAAAGGGCUCCACUGGGUCUCCUGGACAUGUGUGAUCGGGCCGGAGGUGAGCGGGAUCUGGCCCAAGUACACCAACAUCAAUGAAAUCAACUCUCUGGACGCGAACUUCAGCAGUGCUGUCCUGGUCACUGGAGACGACUUUGGCCUGGUCAAAUUGUUCCGCUUCCCGUGCUUAAAGAAAGGAGCAAAAUUCAAGAAGUAUAUUGGCCACUCUGCCCAUGUGACCAAUGUGCGGUGGUCACAUGACCUUCAGUGGGUCUUGACUACUGGAGGGGCAGAUCAUUCGUUGUUCCAGUGGAGGUUCCUACCCGAGGGCAUCAUGAAUGGCAUUGUUGAGCCCACCUUUCAAGACGGGUUCGGUGACUCUAACAGUGAGGAGUCUGACUCAGAACUGUCUGAUGUGCCGGAGCUGGACUCUGACAUCGAGCAGGAGACGCAGAUCAACUACGAUCGCCAGGUCUACAAGGAAGACCUCCCCCAGCUGAAGCAGCAGAGCAGAGAGAAGACGCAGCAGGUGGGCUCGCUGAAGCGGCAGCAGGCUCCGGACGAAGGGCUCCGUCUGCAGUUCGUCCACGGGUACAGGGGAUACGACUGCCGGAAUAAUCUGUUCUACACACAGGCAGGGGAGGUGGUGUAUCACGUAGCAGCGGUGGGAAUAGUUUACAACAGACAGCAGCACACUCAGCGCUUCUACCUGGGCCAUGAUGAUGACAUCCUCAGCCUGACCGUCCACCCGCUUAAAGACUACGCUGCCACAGGCCAGGUUGGUCGGGACCCAGCUGUGCACGUGUGGGACAUCCAGAGCCUGAAGUGCCUCUCGCUCCUCAAAGGUCAUCACCACAGAGGAGUCUGUGCCCUGGACUUCUCUGCUGAUGGGAAAAGUCUGGUCUCGGUGGGAGUUGAUGAUGAUCACACGAUUGUAGUGUGGGACUGGAAAAAGGGAGAGAAAUUAGCUACUGCCAGAGGGCACAAAGACAAGCUGUUCGUAGUUAAAUGUAGUCCUCUACUCACGGACAAACUGGUGACGGUGGGCAUGAAACACAUCAAAUUCUGGCAGCUGGCAGGUGGUGGGCUUACCUUUAAGCGGGGGGUCUUUGGGAACCUGGGGAAGCCUGAGACCAUGAUGUCCGUGUGUUAUGGACACACUGAUGACCUGGUGUUCUCUGGAGCAGCCACUGGAGACAUUUACAUCUGGAAGGAGCCUGUGCUUCUGAAGACCAUCAAAGCCCAUGAUGGACCUGUGUUUGCCAUGUUCUCUUUAGAUAAGGGCUUCGUGACGGGGGGAAAGGAUGGAGUGGUCGAGCUUUGGGAUGACACGUUUGAGAGAUGUCUCAAAACUUACGCCAUCAAGAGAGCCACCUUGUCCUCAGGAUCCAAAGGGCUGCUCCUGGAGGAUAACCCUUCCAUUCGGGCCAUAACUCUGGGCCACGGCCGCAUCCUAGUGGGAACUAAAAAUGGAGAGAUCCUGGAAAUAGACAAGAGUGGACCAAUUACCCUGCUGGUUCAGGGUCACAUGGAAGGUGAGGUAUGGGGGCUUGCUACGCACCCCCUGCUCCCUGUGUGUGCCACUGUGAGUGACGACAAAACCCUGCGCAUCUGGGAAACCUCCAGCAACCACCGCAUGGUGGCCGUCCGCAAACUUAAGAAAGGAGGAAGAUGCUGUGCCUUCUCCCCCGACGGGAAAGCCUUAGCCGUGGGCCUGAAUGAUGGCAGCUUUCUGGUGGUGAAUGCGGACACGCUGGAGGACAUGGUGUCCUUCCACCACAGGAAGGAGCUCAUCUCUGACAUCAAAUUCUCCCGAGAUGCGGGUAAAUAUCUCGCUGUGGCCUCUCAUGAUCACUUUGUGGAUAUAUACAACGUACUGAGCAGUAAGAGAGUGGGCAUCUGCAAAGGAGCAACAAGCUACAUCACCCACAUAGACUGGGACACCCACGGUAAAUUGCUGCAAGUGAAUUCUGGUGCCAAAGAACUCUUAUUCUUCGAGGCUCCGAGAGGAAAGAGACAGACUAUUCGCCCCUCAGAGAUAGAGAAGAUUGAGUGGGCUACCUGGACCUCUGUUCUGGGUCCCACUUGCGAAGGCAUUUGGCCAAUUCAUAGCGGCAUCACCGACAUCAACGCUACCUCACUCACCAGCGACAGGAAGCUUCUGGCCACAGGAGAUGAUUUCGGCUUCCUCAAGCUCUUCAGCUACCCUGCAAACGGUCAGUACGCCAGAUUUAAGCGCUACGUGGGCCACAGCGCUCACGUGACAAACGUGCGCUGGGCGCAGGACGGCGUGACUUUGCUGACAGUGGGCGGAGCCGACACAGCGUUGAUGAUAUGGACUCUGGACUCUUCAGUCCCUCAAGACAGUCGGCCAGUGGACAGCGAGGAGUCUGAGGAGGACACGGAGGAGGAUGGAGGUUAUGACAGUGAUGUUGCUCGGGAGAAGGUCAUUGAAUACACCACCAAGAUCUACGCGGUGAGCAUUCGCGAAAUGACUGGUACCAAACCUCACCAACAGCAGAAAGAGGCAUCUGCCGAAGAGAGGCAGGGCAUUGUCAAAGGAUCCAGGCCUCCUGUAAGCCGCGCUGUUCCACUUCCAGAGAAGUUGCAGAAAAACAACAUCUCUAAGAAAAGAAAGUUGGUGGAGGAUCUGGUGUUAGAUCAUGUGUUUGGAUUCAGGGGUUUUGAUUGUCGGAACAACCUCCACUACCUCAAUGAUGGCAUGGACAUCAUUUUUCACACUGCAGCCACAGCCUUGGUUCACAGCCUAACCCUGGGUACUCAGAGUUUCUACCUGGAGCACACAGAUGAUAUUCUCUGUCUAACUGUCAAUCAACAUCCUAAAUACAAAAAUAUCAUUGCCACUGGACAGAUUGGAGCCACCCCUUCCAUCCACGUGUGGGAUGCCAUGAGUAAACAAACGCUGUCCAUCCUGCGCUGCUCUCAUGCCAAAGGGGUCGGCUAUGUGAACUUCAGUGCCACGGGCAAGUUGCUGGUGUCUGUCGGCAUCGAGCCAGAGCACACCAUCACUGUGUGGCGCUGGCAGGAGGGGGCCAAAGUAACCAGUAAAGGUGGCCACCCUGACAGGAUCUUUGUGGCCGAGUUCAGACCAGACUCUGAUUCUCAGUUCGUGUCGGUGGGGAUCAAACAUGUCAAGUUCUGGACUCUGGCGGGCGGCUCCCUCAUGUAUAAGAAGGGAGUGGUAGGGUUGGUGGAGGACACCAGGAUGCAGACCAUGCUGUCUGUGGCCUUUGGUGCUAAUAACCUGACUUUCACGGGGGCCAUCAACGGAGACGUAUAUGUGUGGAGGGAUCACUUCUUGCUGAGGGUGGUGGCCAAAGCUCACACUGGACCUGUCUUCACCAUGUAUACCACGCUGAGGGACGGCCUUAUCGUCACAGGAGGGAAAGAACGACCGACAAAAGAGGGUGGUGCAGUGAAGCUGUGGGAUCAGGAGAUGAAGAGAUGCCGUGCGUUUCAGCUAGAGACUGGCCAGGUGGUGGACUGCGUGAGGUCUGUAUGUCGGGGAAAGGGGAAAAUCCUGGUGGGAACGAAGGAUGGAGAGAUCAUUGAAGUUGGGGAGAAGAAUGCUGCCUCUAACAUCCUAAUAAACAGCCACAUGCAGGGAGAGAUCUGGGGGCUGGCUACUCACCCCGCCAAAGACGUCUUCAUCACUGCCAGCGAUGACGGGACCAUCCGGAUAUGGGACCUGGUUGACAAGAAACUCCUGAAUAAGGUGAGCCUGGGCCAUCCAGCUAAAUGUGCGAGCUACAGCCCCGAUGGAGAGAUGGUGGCUAUCGGCAUGAAGAACGGCGAGUUUGUCGUCCUCCUCACAAACUCCCUCAAGAUGUGGGGCAAGAAGCGGGACAGGAGCUCCGCCAUACAGGAUAUUCGGUUCAGUCCCGAUAAGCAUUUGCUGGUGGUGGGCUCGGCUGAAUGUACUGUGGACCUAUAUGACCUGACGCAAGGGGCCUCCCUCAACCGUAUUGGCUACUGCAAGGACAUCCCCAGCUUCGUCAUACAGAUGGACUUCUCUGCAGACAGCAGGUUCAUUCAGGUUUCUACAGGAGCCUACAAGCGCCAAGUCCACGAAGUGCCCUCAGGCAAAAUAGUGACUGAACAGACUGUAAUUGACCGAAUAACCUGGGCUUCCUGGACCAGUGUCCUUGGUGACGAGGUGCUGGGCGUCUGGCCGAGGAACGCAGACAAAGCCGAUGUAAACUGUACCUGUGUCUCGCACGCUGGCCUCAAUGUGGUAACAGGAGAUGAUUUUGGUCUGGUCAAGCUCUUCGACUUCCCCUGCUCUGAGAAGUUUGCCAAACACAAGAGGUUCUUUGGUCAUUCUGCACAUGUGACCAACAUCCGCUUCUCCUUUGAUGAUAAAUAUGUGAUCAGCACUGGAGGUGAUGAUUGCAGCGUGUUUGUAUGGAGAUGUCUGUGACUGCAUUGUGAAGACACUAAGGACUCUAAAGCGUCAAACAUCCGGCACCUACACCGUUCAGGACCUGGCUGCGCUUUGAGGACAGCGAGUAAGAACAUUGCACUGAAAUGAAGCUUCAUUUGAAGAUCUAGACCCAGAGUGACUAUAAGCAGAAUUCUUAAUGUAACAGUGGAGUACAGUGGCGUUAACACUCACCUCAGAGGUAAAUACUUAAGUUUACAACGUAAUCUGUUCUAAAUGGAGUAACUGAAGUGCAGAUUGCCAACGUAUGUUUACUUACGAACCUGUGUGUGUUUGGGAGUAAUGCUUACCAUUUUUGUGUAGUCUUUCCACUUGGCUUUAGGAUAUAAUCACCAAACAUAAGUGCCUUUUCACCUGUGUCUCUGUCUCUUAGAUCCAUUGAGUAUUGUACUGCUCUGGUGCUAUAUAAUGAUAUAAUGAUGAGGUUUUGUUGUUCAAUUUGUAAUAAUUGUUGUGAACUAUGCAUUUAAAUUUAUGAAAAUCGGUCCACUUUUACAUAUUCUCAUAUCUGUGGUAGAUCAAGACAGUGUGCAAUUGAUAAAUGCAUGUAAAUUGUGCAUCAUUCUGUGACAUGAUGAAUUACAGACCAUUUUUAUUGCACUCCAUGAAUUAGGCUAGUCAGUACUGUAGCCAUCCUACGUUCAUGUCACUCUUAAAGGCAUCAGAUGAUCAAGGCCUUGGAGCACAGUGCUUGGAAUGAUGGAAAAAUUCUGUCUUUUAUGGGGGCAACAUGUAUAGUACUGUGAAAAAGUCAGAGACCACCGUCAUGUAUUUCAUUUCCAGAUAAAACAGCAAUUAAAUACAAGAAACGCAGUUCAGCCGAUAUUUCUGAGGAGAUUAAAAGCUACAGGGAAAUGUGGCUCCUAACAACCACCUGGAAGAGCUGGUCGACCCCAAAACCGCCCCAUCAGAUAAACAGCACUGAAAGCUUUAAUCUCUGAGAGAGA